CUAGUACUACUUCUUUUAUUAUUCUUGGGUGUGCUGAGAUCAGAAAGUGAUGUUACCAACCUGGAAGAGUGUUUCCAAGAUCCUGAAUAUGAAAAGUGGCUGGAUGUUGCCAGACAUGGUCUAGGAAGGAACUUGAAGCCUAAGACAGUUGUGAUUGUUGGAGCAGGAAUAAGUGGACUGACUGCUGCCAAAUUACUCAGAGAAGCUGGACAUCAGGUUGUGAUCUUGGAAGCCAGUAACCGUGUGGGAGGACGCAUAAAGACCCACCGAGAAAAAGGCUGGUAUAUAGAUGUGGGGCCAAUGCGAUUGCCCAAAACACAGAGAAUUGUACGUGAAUACAUUGACAAGUUUAAACUUCGUCUACAUCCAUUCACUCAGACUGAUAAGAAUGCCUGGUAUUUAAUUCAAAAUGUCAGACAAAAAAUGAUAUUUGACGAUAAUGAAAUCUUUGGAUAUCAACUUAACCCCAAUGAGCGGGGAAAGUCUGCAGACCAGCUGUUUGAGGAGACGCUGAACAAGGUCACAGACAACUGUACCCUUCUGAAGGAAAAAUAUGAUUCGUUUUCCACAAAGGAAUAUCUCAUUAAGGAAGGAAAUUUGAGCAGAGGAGCUGUUGAGAUGAUUGGUGACUUCCUGAAUGAAGAAUCUGGAUUUCAUUACUCAUUCCUCCAUUCUGUUAUAGAUCAUUUUGUCUUUUCGAAUAACAGUUUUGAUGAAAUUGUUGAUGGAUUUGAUCAACUUCCUCAAAGUUUCUUCCAGGAAAUGGUUAGAACUGUCCAUUUCAAUUGCACUGUGGAGAAGAUACUUCGCACAAACAACAAAGUGAGAGUCUUCUACAAAUGGUUGACGGGCUCUGCAUCUCUGGUUGCUGAUUAUGUCCUCAUCACAGCUACAGCAAAAGCCACACAACUCAUCAAAUUUGCGCCACCUCUUUCCAUUCCCAAGACCCGGGCACUGCGGUCUUUGAUGUAUGCAAGUUCUACUAAAAUUGCCUUGGUUUGCACUGAGAAGUUUUGGGAGAAGGAUGGGAUCCGAGGAGGGAGAUCAAUCACAGAUCUCCCAUCGCGAGUGAUUUACUAUCCAAAUCAUGACUUCCCUCAUGGAAUAGGUGUCCUUCUGGCAUCCUAUACUUGGCAUUCUGACUCUGAUUUCUAUACUGCACUCAGUGAUGAAAAGUGUGCUGAUGUGGUGAUGGAUGACCUUGUGGAAAUCCAUCAAGUAUCUAAAAAUUAUCUCAAAUCGGUUUGUGGCAAAUACGUGGUGCAAAAAUGGACCCUUGACCAAUAUUCUAGGGGAGCAUUCAGCACGUACGCCCCAUAUCAGUUUGCCCAUUAUUCUGAGAUAUUGGCCCAGAAUGAAGGGAGGAUCUAUUUUGCUGGUGAACACACGAGUCAGCCACAGGCUUGGAUUGACACUUCCAUGAAAACUGCCAUAAAGGCAGCAGUCAAUAUCCACAAUGCAUAA